GCCUUUCUGAUUUUUGAAAGCAAGGAGGCUUUUCCACUGGCUGUUUGCUUCUCUAGUAAUUGUGUGAUGGCAGGUUAUUUUUGAGGCAACAGUGGAAGCCAGAGCUGCUGGCACCUUCCUGGAUGUUCCUCCCUGUGAUUGACUACAGAUCAAGUGGUGGCUUUCUUCUGUAGCUCACACCCAGCCCCUCUUCAAGAAAAGCCAUGUUGCGGGACUGAAGUCAUACCUGAACCAUGAAUUUUAAGAUGUUGCUAUGAGGAAAGGAGUCAGCAAUGACUGAUGUGGAGCCUGUGGUCACAGAUUUUGCAGCAUCAGGACGGGCAGGCCGCCGGAACGCCUUACCAGAUAUUCUGGGCUCUCCUGCUGCUGCUGGGACUUCAGACCUGCCACACAAACUGGCUGAGCUCUCUGUUUCAGAAGAUGAAGGAGCAGAGGGUGGAGAAGUGUCAUCAUCCAAAGCCUUGCUGGAAAGUCAAGAGGCGGAAGGAAAAAGCAGCGAUUCCUAACACCUAAGGACUGCUGGAUUAAUGAAGCCAAUUGACAGACUUUCCAGUUUCCCCAUGACACCCCUUCUGAAGUGUGGUAGCAACUUUAGCAGCACAGACGAGAUUUUGCAGCACACUUGUACCUAGGUGACAUUAAUGUGGAGCUACUGUUUUUUAUACAGUCAUUCUUCAAAACAAAUGUUCUUCACAUCCAAAUGGGAAGAAAACUAAAGAACGUAUCUCUUGUUUUGGGUUUUCUCAUGGUUAUAGUACUCAUCCUAACUAAUCUUCUUUGACAGUUUCAAUUAAUGUACCUAGUAGAUGUACCACCAACUAAUGAUUGCUCCAAAAUAAAAAUCCUGUCUCUUAAUUUCCCAAAAGAGCUUCUUUCUCUCUGACACAGAGGUAUAUUCACUCUCCCCACCUUAAGGUGACAUUAAGUAUAUAUUAGAUUUCAGAUAUUAUCUGUAAUUUAUCUCCUGAGAUUUUUGUUCUCAUUAGGCACAUGUAGAUGGGUGUGAGAAAUAAAAAAAGAGACUUUUUUUUUUCUCUCUUCCUCAUGUCUCCAAAAGGUUUGGUAAACUACUUCAACAUCAGUGUUUGCUUUCUAACUCUCUUUAAAUUUUAUUUGAUUAUAGCAAGUCAUCUCAGUUCUCCUGCUCUUAGCAGUCUUGACACUUCUGUCAUUUCUGAUUUUAGGCUGAAUAUUGUAGCUGUUCAUGUGUAUCUAAAAUAAAGUAGUCAUGUUUGUAAGUGAUUAAAAUUGUUUAAUCUCACUGUGGAAAUUAAAUAGUUAUGAUA